AUGGAUUCUAAAUACACAUCAUUUGGGAAGGACAAAGAUCAAAAGAGACAUAUCGAUAUUAAGGCAAAAAGAAUUAAGCUAUGUAUCGAUAAUAAGAAGCCGGUUGACCAAAGAAAUCAAAAUAAAAUAAAUGGAUCUGUUCUUGGUACAAGUAAUACUUCUGUUAAUGGUAUAUCUGAAGAUUUGCACGAGUCCAGGAAAUUAUUGCCAGUUUACACAGUACGAAAUAAACUUAUAGAAGAAAUAAAAAAACACAGCACAAUGAUAUUAAUAGGCGAAACAGGUUGUGGGAAAACUACACAAAUUCCUCAAUUAAUUCAUGAACAUAGGCUAGAAGGCCUCAGUGGAAUAGCUGUUACACAGCCUAGGAGAGUAGCUGCUAUAACUUUGGCCCUCCGAGUAGCUGCUGAAAUGAAAACAGAAAUAGGUUCCAUUGUGGGAUAUUCUGUUCGAUUUGAAGAUGUUACAAGUCCUCGAACCAAAGUUAAGUAUUUAACUGAUGGUAUGCUAUUGAGGGAGGCAAUUAUUGAUCCAAUGUUAUUGAAAUAUUCCAUUAUAAUAUUGGAUGAAGCUCAUGAGAGGACUGUAAAUACAGAUGUAUUAUUUGGAAUAGUGAAAUUAGCACAGAGAGAACGAAAAUCCAGACCAAAUAAGUUAAAGGUAAUCAUAAUGUCCGCUACAAUGGAUGUUGAUACAUUUAGAAACUAUUACGACAAUUGUGCAGUAAUAUACUUAGAAGGACGCACAUUUCCAGUGACAAUAUACCAUUCUAAAAUAAAACAGGAUGAUUAUCAAUACUCCGUUGUUUGUGCCAUAUUUCAGUUGCAUGUUACUACACCGGCCAAUCACGAUUUUUUAGUAUUCCUCACUGGCCAAGAGGAAAUUGAAACUGUUAUGGCUAACAUCAGGCAAAUUGCAAAGGAAUCACAAGGACCACCCAUAAAGGUUUGUCCAUUAUAUGCAGGUCUGCCAGCUGCAAAACAAUUGCAAGUGUGGCAACCUGUUCCUGCUGGAAUGAGGAAAAUUGUCUUAGCAACUAAUAUAGCAGAAGCAUCAGUGACAAUUCCACAAAUUAAAUGUGUAAUAGAUACUGGAGUUGUUAAGGAACGGACGUGGUGCACGGUGACGGGCGCGGAGCGGCUGCGCGUGGUGGCGUGCUCGCAGGCGGCGGGCUGGCAGCGCGCGGGCCGCGCGGGCCGCACCGCGCCCGGCGCCGCCUACCGCCUCUACACCGCCGCCGAGUUCGCGGCGCGACCGCCCCACAACACGCCCGAGAUACUGAGGUGCCCACUGGCAGCAACUUUGUUAAUGUUAAUAGCUACAGGGAUGGAUCCGAGCACAUUUCCCUUGAUUGAUGCACCUUCAUCAGAUUCUGUUCAAGCAUCAGUAACUCUGUUAAAAGAAUUGGGAGCUAUAGAAAACGAAAAUAAUCCAAAAUUAACUGCACUUGGGAAGAAAAUGACGGCAUUUCCAAUUGAUCCCAAGUAUUCUAGAAUAAUUUUGAAUGCACCAGAAUAUAACUGUUUAGAUGAAGCAUUGAGUCUCGUUGCGGUAAUGUCUAGUGAAAAUGUGUUUCACACGCCAUUACACAAAAGGGAAGAAGCUAUAAAAGUUAAACAAAAAUUCGUGUCAUCUCUAGGCGAUCACAUUACGCUUCUCAACGUUUUUAAAGCGUUUUGCAAAGCACCUCUUAAAAAGCAAUGGUGUAAGGAGAAUUAUUUGAACCAUAAGAAUUUAACCUACGCAUGCGAUAUAAGACACCAGUUGCUUACAAUUUGUCAAAGGUUGAAUAUGGAAGUAACGAGUUGUGGAACAGCUGUGGAUCAGUUAUUAAAGUGCCUCCUCAGCGGUCUGUUCACGAACUGCGCGUGGGCGCGAGGCGGCGGCGCGGGGGGCGCGGGGGGCGCGGGUGGCUCGGGCGGUGCGGGCGGCGCGGGGGGCGCGGGGGGCGCGGGCCGCUACGCGACCGCGUCAGGCUCGGCCGCGUCCAUACACCCCGCGUCGGUGCUCCACUCCCUCCGCCCCGCGCCGCCCGCGCUGCUCUACUCGGAGCUGCUGCACACGAGACGAGCCUACCUCGUUACCGUGUCCGCGAUAGAAGCCAGCUGGCUCCACCAGGUGGCGCCGGAGUACGCGAGGCGGUGCCGCGCCAGCCGGUGACGAAACGUUUACGCCUCUGCGUGUUUGUGUGUGCGUGAAUAUUGUACCUUACUGAACUAUAAUUGUAUUAAACGUGUUGUUCUCGUUUGAGGUGCUAACGUCUAGACUGCGCUGGCUUAUGUGGGAAGAUAUCGCGUCAAUUGAUAGCGCAAGAUCAUGGAAAAGCUGUUUAUCGAAUAAAGUACAAACUCACUAUAUUCGAUUGUCAGUUUUCUGCCUGCACCUCCGCCAUUGUUGCAAUACAAUCCACCUCAGAAGAUAAGUCGCAUGUUAUAACCUAAGCACAGUUAACUUUUGUGUAUAAUAAAGCUAAAUUAAGUAUCAUAUACCUACAUUUAAACAGUUGUUUUGCUAUUGAUUUAGUUAUUUUUUAAUAAUAUAUUUAACAUAGUGCUAUUUCAAUUAUGAACCUAUACCUAACAUGUUUUCGUACUUAAGAUAUAUUUGUAUGUUCAAAGAAAAACUUAAAAUAUUCACAAUCAGAAUUGUUGUAAUAAAAAAAUACAAAUUGUUAUAAUUGUAUAAAUAUAAAUAAAUUGGUUACUUAUUUUUGUAGAUCUAGAUAAAUAAAUGAACGACAUAGUUGUAAUAACUUGUUACCAUUAUGUAAGAAAAAAAAAAAUGUUGAUCCGUACUUCCCAUAAUAUUUGAUCUUAUAUGAUUUCGAAGUUAUUGUUAGAUAAUUAUAAAAUCAUGUCAUAUAAAUGAUGAUCUUGCAUGAUAAAAAGUUGACAACUGUUAUAUACUGUUUAUUAUAAAUAGUUUAUUCAAGGGUUUUUUAUUAUUCAAUGUAUAGUUAACCCGAUACAAACAUUUUGUGCGUAGAUAUAUAAAUCGCAUAAAAUGUUUAUACCGAACGAUUUUGUAUCAAGAUUGUUGAAAAAAGAAUCGAAAUCUAAAAUAAUGUAGUGUAAUUUGAAGGCAAAUUGGCAUUGGCUUAAUUUGUAAAUACAUAAUUUGAAUAUUUUUUGUACAAACAAACAAAAAGUUUCAUCCAUGAUUUGAACAAUGUCUCACGCAGUUAGUUUUACAAGAGCUUCUAAUAAUUUCUUAGCAAAGGCGUGAUGUCAGGAAAUGACCUCGUACGUGUGCAAGCUCAUGAUGUCAGCUCUUGACUUGCUUAUAGUCAAGGAUACACUAUGAAGUGAAGUACACUAAGACGAACAAUGGCUAAAGACAAAAAGGACACGGACAUGGCAAUGUACGUACGUAUGUACAUACAUUUCUAAUAAUGAUUAUAUCUGUCUAAACAGAUCUUAUGCGUCUUAUAUGGAAAAGACGACAAUGACGACGAGAAUGAAAGACGACAAUAUAUAUUUUUUCUUUUAACUACACAGUAGACGUUAGUUACGGACGGUAGUUCGUAAACUAAAAAACCAAUCCUCGAUAUUAGCAGUGUUUCUCUUUAUUUUUCUUUUAUUUUAUGAACAACAGUGAACAGAUUAAGACAUUUUUAUAACCACUACCACCUGUUAUGAUGUAUUUUUUCUUUGUAUUUAACAUUGUUAAAUGUUUAUUCAAGUUGUAUUUUAGAAUAAUGUAUGUGCCUAUUUCAUAUUAAGGUUAAAUAAUAGGUAAUUUAUUUAAUAAGGAACAUGUAACUGUUAUUGUUAUACAAAAAUUAUCUCAGUCAUUUUGUAAAUAAUAUAU